UUAAAUUACAAGUAUUGCGCAAUAUACCCCCAUUCGUGGUAAAAAUGUUGAGCGUAUAUAACUUGAUCAUGACAUGAUUGAUGUGAUUUGAAAAGGUGUUCGUAAAAACACAUGUUCUACGCAGUGUUUGACGUAAAUACGACUGCUGUGAGGACAAGGGUUGUAUUAUCCCAUGUGAUCCCAAAUUGAUCCUUCAGGGCUACAGACUUGAAUGUAGCAGUUUUACCGAGCUACAGAGUUGACCAUCUUGGCGGGUUCCUCCAGGUCAGCUGAUACAUUCAGCUCUGGGGUGGACAAAUGCCAAAAGCUGUGAUUUGAGUGGCACCUCAAAGACUCAAUGUCUUUCUUGGACUGCUCCUGCAUCUCCCACACUCAGGUCCAGCCCAUGGACAUAGAGGAGUGCUAUGAGGACACCAGUCAGCAUCUCUUGGGCUCAGGGAGCACCCCUCAAAAUGUGACAGUGGGACGCAGCGAGGACAUCUCAGCAUUGUCGGCGGAGCCUGCCCAUUACCAGUUCCUCGUUGAGCUGGGGUGGGGCUUCAACAACCUGAGCCAGGUCCACAUGGCGCGCCACACUCCAACCGGGCAACUGGUGGCCAUCAAACAAACAAACCUGGAUGAGUGCACAGAGGAAGAGCUGCUACUGCUCCUGAAUGAGGUUUUCCUGUCCAGGCGGAUCCGUCACCAAAACCUACUGACGUUCCGACUCGUCUUCAGUUCUUGCUGCCAACUGUGGGUUCUCACGCCGCUCAUGGCCUACGGCUCCGCGCACUUUCUAAUGAGAACAUAUUUCCCCGACGGAAUGAGCGAGUCCUUAAUAGCGUAUCUGCUGUAUGGUGUGUUGCAAGCCUUGGAGUAUCUGCAUCGCAUGGGCUACGUCCACAGGGGUGUGAAGGCCAGUCACAUCCUGUUGUCAGAAGAAGGCCGAGUCUACCUGUCGGGACUGCACGGCGUUUACAGCAUGAUGCGUGAAGGCAAGAGGAUGAGGGUGGUGUUCGACAUGCCCCACCACAGUCCCGGCCUGCUGCCUUGGCUAAGCCCCGAACUGCUGCAACAGGAUCUCCGAGGUUAUGGAGUCAAGUCUGAUAUCUACAGUUUGGGAAUUGCCGCCUGCGAGUUGGUGAGCGGUAGGGUGCCUUUCCAGGACAUGGCACCAACUCAGACUCUGCUCCUGAAGCUACGCGGUUUGCACCGCUGCCUGCCCAACACCCCUCUCUUCCCACUCGGCGAGCUGGGCGGGUUGAAGGCGUCUCGGUCCGGGGUGGACUCCGGCAUGGGAGAGAGCGCAGCCACCGGAAGCGCGACUCACAGCACUGGUGCCCCUCCGCCCGCCACGGAAGGACCUCGAAGUCCCGGACCGAAAAAUCACUCUGCCACUUUGCAUAAUUUGGUGCAACUGUGCCUGCAGCAGCAGCCUGAGUGCAGACCAUCAGCUUCUGCCCUCAUGGCCCACAACUUCUUCAAACAGGUGAAGAAGCACACCAGAGACUCGUUCCUCAGCCUUGUGUACCCAGCCGUGCCACUCACAAGCUCCCAAGUGGCGCUCUUAUCCUGCUGUCCUCCCACCCCAUCCUGCCACGCUCAAACUGCAAGCACGGGCGUCUGUGCUGAGGCCACCUGGGAUUUCUCAUAAACGAACUUGUGUAGUUUGAAAAGAAACGCUCAUCUGCUGUGUUAAAAGAACCAAAAAGAUACUGUUUGUUACAUCCUCCAUACUGUAUCUAAGAAAUAGUUAUUUUGUUGUGAAAGCAGUGAGAUGCUGUUGAUGUCACUGAAACACUGCACUCCUGUUCAAAUGCCUUUUUUUUUUUCUUCCUUACUUGAGUUGUAGAGGUUACAGGUCAGACAUAAUGGUGGAAAACGUUGCCUUAUCGUGGUCUUAUUUUUUUUUUUAUAUUGCAAAAAACAAGCAUUUGAACAUGGAUCUGUAGACUUUUUAUAUCCAGAAUGAAAGCUCUCCCCUGCCGGAUAAAAGUUCAAAAGGGAAUUGAACAAAUGAAAGGGAAUCAACCAUCCUAUUUAAUACCAGUCGACUCGACGGCUCCUCCCUAUUAUCCUCCAUGUUUUAUCUUUUAGAAUCACUCAGCGAUCACAGGAAAUUCAAAUUCAGAAUUGUUGAAGUGAUUAAAAGAUGGAGGUGUCCUACCUCGUUUGAGUAAUUUCAACAAAAGGCGCCGUGUACAAAAAUGGAGAAAAAGCCGCAUCCCGCUUAAUGGAAGUGACCUCUAUGUUGUGUGUAAUAUUUAUGACAAGUAGAUAAGCGACAAGCACCAUUUUCUGCCCUGUUCAGCAGCCAAAGAAGUGUGGCAGUGAGUGAGCAACGAAGCUCGACUGGCUUCACACGGAGACCUCUGUGUAACUGUGACUAAGUGCACUGUGAUGUUAACUACAUAUCAAAGAUAAGUUAGCCAAUUAGACGUAUUAAACCAAUAUGCAAGUAGGUUUGGUUUUUGUGCGUUGUGUCUUAGCUAUUUACUGUUUGAUGUCAAAUAUGGAAAGAAGCAACAACUGUGGAAGAUGAGAAGCAUUGCGUUCAAUGCAAGUGUAAAUACAAAUCUACAGUAAAUAACUCAAAAAUCAAA